AUUCUUGUCUCUCUCUUGGAAACGGUAACUGGAAACGGAACGCGAUUUCGCGAUUUUUUUUUUCUUUUCAUUUCGAACACAAAAACAAUCUAAUUGUUUAUGUUAUUAAAAUACAAGGCGUUUGCUUACAAAACUUAUAUCUACAUAUUCAAUUAUCGCUGCGCGUUGUGUGCAUAGUUUGGGGAAAUAAAUCUUCAAAGGAGUUUGGAAAGAAAGCAAGUCCAAAUUUUUCUUGUAUGUGUGUGUGCGUGUGGUAUAAAGAUCGUCGUGUAAGAAAAAAAAGUGAAAAAGUGAUCUCAGCGAAUAUUAAGUACAACAAAAAGUCAAUAUGGCCGCCACUUGUUGGAUGAUGGUGUUUUCUUGAUAAUAAGCAAAUAAUAAAUUAAUAAAAUAUAAAAAGUUGCAAAAGGGAAUUAAAGGUAGUUUCUUAUGAAGAACAAGUGUAGUGUUUGAAGAGAAUAAAGUAACAACAAAAAAAGAUAAUUGCUGUAAACAUCAUGUAAAACAAGGCUCAAGCAAGCAACCUUCGUUCAUUGUAUCGUUUUUGAGAAUUGUCGGAAAAAGUACAUCAACAUUAAGGUACAACACCUAUGGAAGACCCAUCAAUCACCAAAAGAUUGAUUGAUUUUGGUGCUGAAGAACAUGACUAUGACGAAGUUCAAGAUUUACCAGAGGAAUCAACAGCCACUGAUCAAUCUUUGCUCUCUGCUCAGAAUAACAAUAUUGUGUCCGGAACAGGAAAUUUAUCACCAGCCAGUGGAAUCGGACCUCUUAAUAAUAACAACAACUUCGAUUCGGCACCCGAAUUGCCACCGCCCAAACAGAACAAAUCUACUGUGAACAGUAACGCAAAAGCCAGCAAGACGAAGUCCUCCAAAUCCUCAAAGUCUAAAAUCCCGCGAUCCCCUUCCUUGGCAAGCACCUUAAGCUACAACAACUUCCAGCCGCCUCCAAUAUCUGGAAUUCCCCCGCAAACACCGCCACUUCCAUUAGGCUAUCAGAACAAAGGGAAAUCUCAGAAUUCGCCGACAGUGCCUCUGGACAACAGCAAUGCUCAUUUUUUCUCUAAUAACCCCACUAACAGCAACAUAAUGGCUGGCGGUAGCAGUGCUAAUAGCGGAGGAGGUUUGGCAAGUUCGAAUAGUGGUCAGCGUAACAGCGUCAAUAUGGCUGCAAAUACGCGACGUCCCCAACUACAAAUAUCUUCCCCAAUUGCAGGAGAAUCUCCUAAAAAUUUUCUGUUCUUAACGUUGACCGUACGAAAGGACGAAAACGGCUACGGAAUGAAGGUUUCUGGUGACAAUCCGGUCUUUGUUGAAAGUGUGAAACCAGGGGGUGCCGCCCAAAUUGCAGGUCUAGUUGCUGGAGAUAUGAUCCUAAAGGUCAAUGGCUUCGAAGUGCGUUCGGAGAAGCAUCCAACCGUGGUUAGUCUGAUAAAAGCGUCGACAAUUGUGGAACUGGCUGUCAAACGGAGUCAAAAGUUAGUUCGACCUUCUUCGGUCGGCAUUGUGCCUUCCACUCCAGUCUUGGGUCGCGAUCGAACAGCUUCUAUAACUGGACCACAACCGGUUGAUAGCAUUAAACGGCGUGAAAUGGAAACGUAUAAAAUUAAAACCCUUCAAAAAAUGCUGGAACAGGAACUUCUGAAUUUAGAACGGCUGAAGGGCGAUACCAACAAUCCGAGUUACAAACUUUCCGAUGCAAACGUUAAAAAACUCCGUGAACAGUUGCGACAAGUUGGCGCUGAGGAUGCACCGUCGGUUAAGUUACAAUCGUCGGCCAAUAAUAAUGGUAAAAAUGUAGGCUUAUUGUCGCCAAAUCAGUUACAUCACCUGUCUGCGUCCUCCUCCAACCAGACCACAUCACCACAAUUUAUUACUACACAUCUUAACCUACAUUCCCACAAUCACCACAGUCAAGCCACAACACCACAACCAUCACAAUCAUCACCAGCAUUUCUGUCGUUGUUACCGCGUUCGCUAUCGUCCUUGUCGUUGGGUGGUCGUAGAAAUAAAAUUGACAAAGAUUUAAUAACAGCUCCUCUAAAUAAUACCACGGAUUUUUUACAUACCUCCUCCACCAACUACACCACGGACAAUGCCACCUCGUCUCCUACGCCACCCUUCAAUAUGUCGCAAUCCUUGCACAAUCCCUUGCAGGCACAACAUCCGCGAAAUUCGGCUCAACAACUGUUCCACUUACAUCAGCAGCAGUUGCAACAGUUGCAGCAACAGCAUCAGGGCAAGGGCACUCCAAAAUCAUCGAAAAGCAAGAACAAAUUCACUGCCCAGUCGAAGAGCGUGAUAGAGGAAGACGACGUUCCGCCACCAUUGCCUCAAAGGAAUCUGCCGCGGCAGCUUCAAAUGGAUGCCACAAACAAUAAUGCUGCAAGUCAAGGCUUUUCGCCCAUUUCAGAUUUAGACAAUGCAGCUGCUGGCGGUACCAAUUCACCUGUGCGCAAUUCCCCCCAGCCGCCACUUUCGGCGGCUGCUAGUACCCCCGUUGCCGCUGGCAGCAAAUCGAAAAGAUCCAAAGCCAAAACGAAAGCUUUAUCAGAUCCAAAAAUGUCAACUCAGAUGUUUCUGCAGAUGGAAAGUGCCGGCGCUCAAAAUAUGACACCACACGAUGGCACACAAUUGGAGGAGGUGCCUCCACCUCUUCCACCACGACAGCCUGGCAUGAUAGAGGAAGCCCAAACGGGCCACAGAGGUAGUAUUCAAAAUUUGAGUAAUUCGCGGCCUUCGCCGAACAGCGUGGAGACGCUCAUGCAAUAUCCAUUGGUUGCCACCUGCACUCCAGUGCACCGAGAUAAUAUGUCCGCAGCCUUUCCGCUGUCCCAAAGGCCAAAUAUAGUUCAGCAAUUGCAGCAACAUCAACAACAGCAGCAGCAGCAACACGCCAUGCAUGCUGCCGGCAGCGGUGGCCCCAAUGCGGCUGCUUUGGGACAGACACCACACAAUGUGAACCACAUGAACAAACAUAGACGAGUGGUAUCGUCGCCGGAAAAUAUGCACCCAAGACAUCCGGAUCGUCACAUCAAAACAAAUUCGGGAUCCUGGGAGCUGAUAGAAAAAGACGAUGAGAGUACUCCACCAGGUACACCACCACCUCCCUACAGACAUGCCCAUUCCGCCAGCAUGUCGGGUAACGAAGAUAGUAUUCACGAACAUGGCGGAGCAUCGACAAGUGGAAUUUUCGUUGAAUCUCAUCAUUUCACGCCUUUGGCUGGAGCUGUGUCGCCUCCCCCUUUAUCACAUUCCAGUCGUAUUCAAGCGGCCCAAACGAGUUGUACCCAAAAGGAGAUCAUGUCAAUGGAAGACGAGGAUGCGUCCGACCAGGAAGGUCCGUUUAUAGACGAGAACGGUCCGUUCAAUUCGCUUCAACGGUUGCUGGAAACGGAAAACGUUGCAUUUCUGGCAGUAUUUCUGAACUUUGUGCUUUCCAAUUCGGAACCAGCGCCCCUUCUAUUUUACCUUAUAACGGGUCUAUACAAGGAGGGCACCGCCAAAGACAUGCGUAAAUGGGUAUACGAAAUUCAUUCGACCUUUCUGGUGCCUCGUGCCCCUCUUGUUUGGUACCGUCACGAUGAGUUGUUGGCCCGAGAGGUGGAUGUGGUUCUUCAGAAUGAAUUCGACAAAGUCGAGAUUCUGAGAAAGGUAUUUUGGAAGAGCCGUAAAAAAGCCAGAGAUAUUAUAUGCGAACAAUUGAGAGAAUUCCAACAAAAACGAACAGCUGGUUUGGGAACUAUAUACGGGCCAACAGAUGCUCAAUUGGCCGAAGCAAAGGGGGACAAACAGCGAGAACAACACAUUUUUGAGGAGACCCUCAUGAAGAAGUUACAAGUUUUAAUUGACGAGUACGAUAAAGAUCUCCCUAACGAGGAUCCAAAGAAACUGGCACUAUGCUCCGCACUGUCUACGGUUAUACAUCGAAUAUUCAUAACACGCUCCCAUCCAAAUAGUAUAAUAGAUCGCGUCCACCAUUUCGUCAGUCGGGAGAAGAGUUUCAAAUCUCGUUUAAUGGGCAAGAAAGGAAAGAUGAUUGUGCGUGGUCAUCCAUUGGUAUUGAGACAAUACUACGAAGUGACCCACUGUAAUCAUUGCCAAACGAUAAUCUGGGGUGUCAGCCCACAAGGCUUCCAUUGUACAGACUGUAAAUUAAAUAUUCACCGUCCUUGUUCGAAAAUAUUAGAAGAGAAUUGCCCUGGCCCAUUACCUCAAGCGAAACGGAAAGAUAAAGAUCUGAAUAACGAUAGUAAAAUAAGUAAACUAAUUAUGGGCAAAAUCCGCCAGAAAACGUCAACGGAUGCUAGUGGUGGAGACAAACGCCAGCGGCAAGAUGCAGACGAUUUCGAUCCUUUGGAGCUACCCAAUGAACGUUUAAACUCCACUUCGAUUCAAAGACACCCAUCAGACCGCAGGACGGAUGGAGCGAAUAUUUCGAUACGAUCCAAUGGCAACACAUCCGCUCAUUUAAAUGCCAGCGAUUUGCAAAAUUCAUUUAAUGCCACGGACGUCAGUAUGGGCGCCGUUGGCGGCUCCCAGGCGGGUGCCGACAUUAACCUUACAGCAGGUGGUGCUGGAGCUGGGGUGUCAACAGGCGUAUCGGGUGCCUUAUGUGCUCUCAACGAUAUAAAUGCGCAGGACGCAAGUGAGAGCAAUUUACUACGCAGGGAACGUUUACACCAACAACAUCAGCAAAAUAAAAGUGCCCCCGUUUCUGUGAAUCGAUCGGAAUCGUAUAAAGAACGACUUUCGCACAAACGUAAUCGUAGCCAACGCAAGACAUCCGAUCCAAAUUUAACAUCAAGGCCAAACGAUGAUCAACCUGACUUGGGCCUAUCCAAUUCCAACUUCACUGCAAGUUCAAAUUCUAGUCUUUCUUCGGGUGGUGGAUCCGAGAGUCCAUCGACAUCCAUGGAACAAAUGGGAGGAGUGGGUGCCAACAGCACCACCGCAACAGGCGCAGCAUCAAUACAUCCGCAUCCGCAACAUCAUCACCAGCACCAACACAGUCACCAAGACUCUUUUCAUGGCAGCAUUGGUGGCUCUUCAAAUGCCAGUUUCUGGAGUGGCUCUGCGCCAACGGGUCAAAUGGCUAGACAUUGGAAUUUCGAGAGUGACGAGGAGGAUGAUCUCAUCAAUGAAGCCGACUGGAGUUCUAAUGUGGCUGCAGAAAUAUUGGCGACUUUGACAGACGCCGAGAAAAAGAGGCAGGAAAUUAUUAAUGAAAUCUAUCAAACCGAACGGAGCCAUGUUCGUACGUUAAAGCUUCUGGAGCGUUUAUUUUUCUACCCGCUGCAGGAAAGUGGCCUGCUUACCCAGGAUCACUUGCAUCUGCUCUUUCCGCCCUCUCUGUUGUCGCUGUGUGAUCUCCAUGGGUCAUUUGAGCAGAAGAUCAAGCAGCGUCGCAUUGACAACUCCUACAUUGUAAAUAACAUUGGCGACUUACUUGCCGGCAUGUUCGACGGUAAAUCCGGAGAGGAACUUCGGGAAUUCGCCGCUCAAUUCUGUGCACGUCAGCAAAUAGCAUUAGAAGCUCUAAAAGAGAAACGUCGAAAGGAUGACCAGUUGCAAAAGUUGCUUUCGAAAGCGGAAUCGCACAAAGCGUGUCGUCGCUUACAGUUGAAGGACUUGUUGCCAACAGUUUUGCAGCGCCUGACCAAAUAUCCUUUGUUGUUCGAAAAUCUGCACAAGGUGACUGUGCGUGUUGUGCCGGAAGAUGUGGCAGAGGCUGAGGCUAUACAAAAAGCAUUGGAGUCGUCAAAGAAAAUUUUGGUCGAUGUCAAUCAGGCGGUAAAGACGGCUGAAGAUGCGCACAAGUUGCAAAAUAUUCAGCGAAAAUUGGACAAAUCUACAUUCGACAAAGAAAAGGACAAAGAUGAAUUCAGGAACUUGGAUUUGACUCAAUACCGUUUGAUACACGAUGGUAGCUUAACCAUGAAGAAGAAUCCAAGUGUACAACUGUAUGGCUUGCUAUUCGAGACAAUGAUUGUGCUGCUAACAAAACUGGACGACAAAUAUUCAUUGAAAUAUUUACAUGCCGCACGAAACACGGAAGUCAAUAACAAAGGAGUCUGUCCCGUCAUGAGCAUAGACUCUGAGACACUGGUACGUCAAGAGGCAGCCGAUAAGAACUCAUUUUUCCUUAUUAAAACAAAAUCAUCACAAAUGUUGGAGCUCCGAGCCCCCAGCAGUUCAGAAUGUAAAACAUGGUUUAAGCACAUAUCGGAUGCUGCCGAACAAUACAAGCCCCGCUCCAAAAACACAAAUCAUGAACAUAUUGAUGAUCCGGCCAUUGCGACAUUACCGCAUUCCAAUACACGCGAAUCCUUGGAGCUGACACCGGAACGAAUGCCACCGCAGUCGGCUACCGCAACUGUGAUAACGACGCCGUUGGCACCCAUAAUGCCAAUGCCAAGUGUGAACAAUGAGAGAAGUGGCUUUGGCAGUCAUCCCAGUGAUGUGCAGUUGCGUAAUGGUCGCCGCGAGAGCACACCAACGUCAGUGGGCACGGCAAGUGACUCCUAUCCCCCCUACUACAACAUGAAACAGAGAUUGAGCCACAACGAGCUGUCGGCAAAUGCGAGCGCUGUCAAUCGUACCAUGUCCACUCGCAGCUGUGGCGAUGCCUAUCAUAACUACAGCAACACGGGUGACUUUGCGGGCGCAAAUGGCGUCACUUUGCGGCACACACAGUCGGCCAGACAGGCCAACGGAUCUGGCGAAGACAACGCCGCCGGCUCCGUUAGCAAUAAGAGAGACAGCGCUAGUAUUGUCUAUUCCAAUAAUUCCAAUAACACCCGUACUUUAAUGCAAUCAUCGCCGCCACUGGUGGAACCCACAGCUAUACAGAUUAGUAUAAGUCCUGCCCAUACAGCGGAGCCUGUUCUAACACCGGCCGAAAAGCUGAGACGUCUGGAUGCCAGCAUACGGGACGGUCUGUUGGAAAAACAAAAGAUAAUAUGUGAUAUGUUCCGCCUGCCCGUGGAACACUUUCACGAGAUUGUAGAUAUUGCGGCCAUGCCGGAGGCACCAAAGGACAGCACUGAUAUAGCCUUGGCUGCCUAUGCCCAAGUGCAGUCGCUCACCGAAGUGAUAAACGAGUACAUGAAGGUAACUCCCGAGCAAGAGGUAUCGGCGGUCUCAACUGCUGUCUGUGACAAGUGUCACGAGAAACAGCAACAGAAUCGACAACGUCUCCCCCCCCACAAUGUGGGAAAAUUAAGUGUUGGCCCAGAUGUACCUCCGCCCUUGCCUCCGCCAAACAAGCAAACGGCCCAGGCGCAGCAACAGACACCAGCGCCGACGGCGACAAAGAUUCAAAUGUGCGCUUUGGAGGAGACAAACAUUCACGAAGAUGACGAUGGAUAUUGCGAAAUUGACGAGUUGCGUUUGCCAGCUUUACCUCCUUUAACAAAGACAACGUCCACCCCUGCAGGAAUACCUCCGCCAACCCCACCCAUAACAAAGACAACAGCAGCUAUGAAGGGUUCACCCCCACCGCCCCUGCCACCACCAGCCGGCAGCUUCAAAAGUCCGCCUCCCCCUCCACCGCCUCCGGUAAAAAGCACGGCGGCGCCAACGACAUGCUCUUCCAUAUCCACAUCGACGACACCCGAAUUAAUAAAACGCCAAAGUACAAUCAGUGCUGACAGCAUUCCAGAAGAAUCUACUGAUGACCUUACGAAUGCUCUGGCGGAUGGUGCUUCGAAAGCCGAAGAAGUCAUUGAGGAUGGACAUCGGCUAAUGGAUACCCCAGAAGAGCCGCCACAAACUUUGGACAAAAACAAUACAAACGAAUCGCUUUGCGACAUUGCGGAGAAUGUGGAAACAACAGCUCCUAUAGCCACUAUCGAUGAUGAGGAGGAUAAAGAGGACGAUUCGGCAAUGCAUACAGCCGAAUGCGAAAGCAUUUCCGUUGAUGAUAAAUCAAUCCAACCGUUGGAGGCUGACGGGAAGCCCACCACCCCCGCCAUAGCAACAGAAAAUGAAUUAAGCGCACCCAUGAUUGCAGAGCCCCAAAGACAGAACAGCAAUGCCACGCAGGCCGAUGAUCUUUCACUGGGAAGCGAACAUGUUGAGGUCAACCAGGCAUUCGAGUGUUUGGCUAUGCUAAAUAAUUUGACAACCGUGGCUACCUCUAUGGUCGAUAGCUCAACCCAAACGUUGUCCACAGCCACAAUUUCACCAAUCUGCUCUGGCAGCAACGCAAGCACCCUCCCAAAUGCAACUGGUGCCAGCAGCAACGGCCAUCUUCCCACUCCGUGUGGACCAAAUCGCGUCCAGCAUGCAAAUUCAUUAGAGCCAAGUGUACCUUGCUAUGCUUUAAGCAGCAUUGUUAGUUCUCUGAAUGCGCAAAUUUCAUUACUAUUGCCCAAGAUCAAUGAACGUGAUAUGGAACGGGAACGUUUAAGAAAGGAAAACCAACAUUUAAGAGAAUUAUUGAAUGCGAUGCAUGAACGACAGAGAGUUGAAUCAAAACUGGAAACUCCAUGUGACAUCACAACAAGUGCCGAAAUGGCCGAUAACGAAAUGGAUGUCUCCUCUCCCACUACAUCUACAACACCUACGCCUACUCCAGUACCAGUUAACAACAUCUCGGCACAACCAGUUGGCGAAGACGAAAACAAAACGGCAGUCGGAAGCACCGAUGGAUCUGUGGAGGCACAAAAUUAAAAACUGAACAGACUUAGUGUUAAAAGUUAUGAUAAAAAAAAUAAAUAAAAGGAAAUAUUUUUGAUAUAUAACCACCUGCCAAUUGAAUUGGCGCUUAUAUAAAGUAAAGAUUUACAAUCGAUAUACAUACAUAUAUACAAAUAUUCAUAUAAACUUACUUAGAGUAUCUUAGAUCAGGAAACUAUAAAUAUACAUGCAAUACAUACACACAACCCCAAUUAAUAAACUACAAUACGAGUACUAUUGAAAAUAUUUUUCGUGUGCGAAUCCAGCCCCCACUUACCCUCUAAAAAAUGCCUUUCUCCUCAAUCUCUCGCAGCCUAUAUCGCAAGCAUUAACAAACAGCCCCUUUCAUUACCAUUUAUGUGAAAUGUUUCGAAAAAUCCAUACAAAGCUACUCGUCCGUACAACACUAAGCCAACCGCACAAUGUCCCUUUCUACACCAACAUGAAAUCAUACCUACAACGGCACACUCCUUGUUACGCAAUUUCCUGAUCUUGCAGUCAUAUCUUUUCCAUGAACUGCAUGCAUACCUUUUUGUUUCCAAACGUGGACUCACUCCCUGCUAAACUCCACGCCAAACCGAUUAAAUUAGAAAAAGCCUUAUUAUUCUUGGAAAAUACGUAUAUAUACAUAUAUGUGUGUGUGUGUGUUAGGAACAAUUUAAAUCGUAGCGAAAGCAAAACAACUUUUAUUAUUAUUAUUAUUAUUAUUCUUUGUUUUAUUUUUUUCCUUCCUUUGUCUUCUCUUGGAGAAACACUGCGGAAGAUAGGGAACACUGCAAGUUAGUGUUACUGGAUUGUAUUUAAACUUUAAUUCUAUUAAUAAAUAACUAAUUGUGUUUUUAGUUUACAUUUACUUUUACUAUAAUGUAUUAAAAUUACAGUACACCUGCAAAAAUAUUUACACAAAAAUAAAUACAAAAAAUAUAUUGUGCAAAUCAAAUAAAA